UGAGAGCGUGUAUCCCUUGCCACAGCUUUGUCAGAUCUAUCUACAGAUUACACGUGUCCCACGAAGGCGAUGAUUAAAAUAGUAAAAGGGUAUAACUUUUCGCGUUGAAUACAGUUUAUCGUGCUAAUCACUGGUAGACACAUGCCGGGUACAAUGAUGAUGCUCCUGACAGUAAUCCCCGCACUCUGCCUGAGCCUCGGAACCUUUGCGUAUGGUCAACAAAUCGACAGCAAACAUCUGAAAUGUUUGGUUUGCAGAACAACUAUAGAUGAGGUGGAAACAGAGCUUGGCAAAAUUGAUCCAACCGCGUCUAUCGAUGUGGGUAAUUAUCGAUUGGACGCCACCGGCAAUGUAAAAAAGAAGACUAUUCCCCUCGCUCGGUCCGAGGUACAUAUUUCUGACAUGCUUGACAGCAUUUGCAAAAAACUGGAUGACUAUGUGAGAGCCAGGUACAAAUCAACAGGUGAGCUGACCAUUCUAAGAAUUAUGAGCCCGGACGGCGGAAUGAACCCAGAUUUCAGCAAGGUGGACAUUGUUCAGGACGAAGACUUGAACAAAAGUCUCAAGUUCUACUGCGAGGGAAUCGUGGAAGAAUUCGAAGAUGAUAUAGUCAAACUAUUUAGCCAAGGCGAACGAGAUAUCGAUGUCAAGGUCUGCACGGAUGUGGCACAGUUUUGUUCCGACACACCUUCAGAAGACGUUGACAAUAGUUUUGAAGAGAAAGAUGAAUUGUGAUGAAAGAUCAAACGAUAGAAGUUGCGGGACUUUAACGGCGAUGAGACUUUAUUCCUAAGUUAGUCUUGUUUAUAUUUAUCCACGGCGAGUCGAAAAGUCUUGUAAUAAAUUUUUUUAGAAAAUUUACUCACCGCGUUUCUUACAGCUCGUUCGCUAGGUUAUCUACCAAUUCAUUCGGUGAUCUGCAUUCGUUGCAGCUUAUCGAUUGCAAUUGGCUUGCAAUAUUAUAAACAAACCAAAUCAGCCACCUGGCAACGAUUGUUAUCGCGCGGCCUUUUUCCCCGCCAAACUAGCGUCACAAAUAUGUCGUUCAAUAUUCAUGAUUUUGUCGCAUCGAUAUCUAAUUCUGCUUGGCGAACGAGCCGCAAUUUAUUACACAGCUCUCAGGAAUUAUUGAAAUUGAGCAGUUGCAUUUAUUAAAAUCUUCUAAGAAUUGUUAAAUAGUUAUAGUCGUUGGUAACACGAUACAGGGAAGCGCGUUGUCCAUUUCUUCCGAUAAAAAAUAUACAAAGAUGAGUAUUUUAACAAGUAUUAAUUAUUGAUGGAAGAGAAGAACCUUUUAAAAAUAAAUUCAACUUUAUACAA